AAAGCGUCAAAAGUUCUGUCUGUAAAUUUCAGCGUCAGAAUUCGGCAAAUCGGCAAAUUCGGCAGCUGGGUAACGUUAAAAUUAUACAAUUACGAAAUGAUGGACACAUUGGACUACAUCACCCUCAGCAAUCCCGUGAGCAAGGCGGUUAUAUAUUCGGGAUCGGCUAUCUUCCGAGCACUUGGGCUGCGUCCGAAACAGUUGGUUCCGAAGGAGACCCAGACAGUGCGUCCGGUAAUGACUCAGUACAUGUCGCCGGGUGCUGGCUCGCUGCAUAAUUUGGCCGGCCGGUACUAUCAUUUCGUGCGAUUGGCUGGCCUAGGCGGCGCUUCGGCUAUAUUCAUGGGAGCCUACUGCAAAUACGUCCUGAAGGAGAUCAAGAACGAAAAGGAGCAGCUGGACUCGCAGGCCUUUGCCGAUGUCGCCAAUCGCAUACACUUUUUGCAUUCGUUUGCACUGAUGGCCAUGCCACUGGCCCACUAUCCCAUAAUCACGGGCUCUUUGAUGACCACUGGCACACUGCUCUUCAGCGGCUGCAUGUACUAUCGUGCAUUGACGGGCGAGAAGCGCUUCCAGCCGUUUGCCACCGUUGGAGGCUUCUGUCUGAUAGCCGCUUGGCUGACGCUGGUAUUUUAAGAAUACGUUUAAGUCUACGAUUAAGUGCUAUAGGCAACGUAAAAUCUAAGUCGAAAGCUAAAGCCUAAGCCUGGUUUGAAACAUGCAUAAUGAAUUUUUUGUCGCUGAAGCUCUAUAAAUAUAUAUAACAUACAUAUAUCUAUCAGUAUGUGUAUCUUAAGGACUACAAAUAAAUCUCUAGGAGGCCUGGCAUCUAAUGGAA